AUGCCGAAAACGGAAGCAUACCUCUGUUAUGUCCCUGGUGACCUCCAGCGAGAGCUAGCCUACCUGAGAACACAUGUUUUUCCUCACCUGGAUUCACUUUGUGAGGCAAGAGGUGUUUGCUUCAAACCCGUAGACAUUCGUUAUAUGCAAAAUAACGAUGAGCAUGAGAAAGAAUACAACCUCCAGCCAAACCAAAGGCUCUCCUCUCAUGUCCACCAGCAGUAAAAGACCAGGUCUGACCUUAUCAACUCAUCCUCCUCUUUCCUCUGUCUUCUUGGGACCCGCUAUGGCGGUUUUCUCUCUGAGGGGGCUAGGUCGUCUCCGUCAGGUCAGCCGGAGAGAGAACCAUGCGGCUUGUCAGAAGUGGUGUGGAAUCUGCGUGGAGCUGUACGUGGUGGCUGCUCUUGGGUCAUGGAAGAAAGGCAUCGGACCUGCAGCCUGAAUGAGCUGGAGAUCAUCCAGGCUGCCAUCAGAGACAAGCCCAUGCACUGCUUUUUCUACUUUAAAGACGGCACUGCUCAGGUCGCUGAGGAUGCCUAAGACGCCAAAGGUGAAAGCCGAAGGCUGUUCCACGGGCUCUCGGGCAGUCAGAGUGUACAUGAGGCAAAGCGACUGUGGGAGAUGAAAAGCAGGAUCAUAAACACCUGUCUCCCCGUCAGAUUCUUCAGAGACCUGCAGGAACUAGGGCACCUGGUAAAGAGAGACUGGAAAAGCAUCAUUGCUUUACCCCCGUUUCCAGAACAGCAGUCCAUCUCGGGUUAUUGGGAGCUUCAGUGUCAUGAGAGCCAUAUUCAGGCACUGAAUCGUGUGUUUGUGCCUUCGAGACAAACCACAGAAGCACUGGAGUUAUUCAGUGCAUUUGUGUUUCCUGUAGUUCACAUGGAAAAGUGCAAACAGCCAGAUGAUCCAGGGCUUCAGUGUAUUUGUAACAUUGAUAAAAGAGAACCAGAGAGGCCCAUUCUGUUACUUAGUGGAGAGAGGGGUUGUGGGAAGUCAACUCUGGUUGCACAGUGGCUUCAUGAGUUCUGCCAGCGAAACUCCAAAAUUCCAGUUAUCCCACAUUUUUGUGGGAUCGGCAGAGCCAGUAAAGACGUCCGAUCUAUGCUAAGGCGAUGCACUGCUGAACUUCGGAAAGUGUUCUAUGAUGAGCUGCCGGAGUGGGUUGAAGGUUUGGAGGAGCGUGUUGAGGCCAGGCCCCUGCAUGGGGAGGUGCAGGACUUCACUGCUGCAGCUCAUCUGGGGCCCUGAGUUUUCCUGGUGGAUGGCAUAGAUCUUCUGACUGACACACUGGGCUUAUCUCUGCAGAAGGUGAAGGAACUGAGAUGGUUACCAGCUGCUUUGCCUUCCCACUGCAAGCUGAUACUCACCACCACCACCACAGACCUUACUUACAAAAACCUCGUCAGGAGGUCAGAGGUCCAGGUGGUAACGUGGCCCGGGCCAUCUGACCCCUGCAUCCAGCCAAACAUCUUACGCCACCAUUUGGCCUUACCAUGCAAAGACCUGCCUGCCUUGCUCCUGCAAGGAAUCAUGGGUAAGAAACUCAGCCACCUCCCAGUGGUCCUCGCCAUCCUCGUCAGUGAGCUCCGGACAUGCGGGAUGCAGAGAGAGGAGGAGGAGGAGGGAGAGUUGAUGGUGGAGUAUUUGGAGGUGGAUUCUGUACCAGAGCUAUGGGUGAAAGUCAUUCGUCGCUGGGUGAAAGACUACGGUAGACCUUCUGUUGACCCAGACCCAGUUCCCAAGGGCCCAGGACCAAACACUGUAGCAUCUAUGCAAGUUUCCUCUUUUCCACCUCUGGAGCUGAGAGGCUGGGGGUGGGACACCCUGUGCCUGAUCCACUUUUCUCGCUCUGGGCUGUCUGAGGCCGAGAUCCUGGCCCUGCUGGGUUACCUGGGCCACAGCGGUCCCUGCUGGGUCCAGGCGCUGGAGUGGUCCCUUGCCUUUGGUCCGUGGGUCCAGAAGAAUCCGAAUGGCCUCCUGUGUUUCAGCCACCAGUCCCUCAGCCAGGCCAUGGAGCUACUUUUACUGGGUAAAAGACGACAGAGGAGCCGGUCCUUCUUCCAUCGUAUUCUGGCCAGGUUCUUUUAGAGGCCCACCGAGGCACCCAGGGCCUGGGAGCGCAAGUUGGAGGAGCUGCCCUGGCACCUGCAGCGGACUGGCGCCUUCCAGGAACUUCAUCGUGUACUCACUCACCCAGCAGCUAUGGGGUUCUUGUCGAGUUCUUGGAGACAGUAUCCACAGCUAAGACUCGAUGUUGUUGGUUACUGGACCCUGCUGAGCCAGAGAGGCUACGAUCCAGUCUCUUCACUCCAGAGGCUGCAUGUACUUAAUGGUAUCGUUCCUCCUAUGGUGGACAGUAAGGACAUGUCCAUUGCUAAAGCUGAGACACAUACAGGUUGUGGCCUGCCAAGUUUCGGCAUUGCGGGAAAGUUGGCACUUUUUUUCCUCCACGUUCUGCUUUCUUUGGGCAAGAGCAAAGAAGCAGAGGACAUACUGUUGCUAGCCGAGACAGCCAUUCAGCAGGUGAGACCCGGAGUGAAGCAGCACUGUCUCCUCCGUGCCUUUAGCAAAUAUACAGACCCCAGACAGCUCAAGCUCUCCGCUGCUCCAUUCUUACUGAUCACUCGCGUUCUUCUCAGAGCAUUCCGAAGAAAAGCUCAGAGCUGCGCCGAAACUGUUUUCCACAUUGUCCUUCUCAGGCAGAGCAGCCGGAUGGAGCCGGGACGAGCCCUGCGCGAAGUCCGGCAUGCCCAGGCUGAGCUCCAACUCCACCUGCAUCAGCUGCAAAAGGCGGAGGCGUACUGCAGCAAGGGGCCGGAGAUGGCGCGCCUCCUUCCAGCUGCCGUUCCGGACCGUGCAGAGGACGUCAGGUUGAUAAAAGGUGGAGGACGAUCCGGGUCUGUCCAUAAAUGUAACGUGCUACUGCAGAGUUCCUGUAAAGCUGAAAGGAGGGAGGUGCUGAGUCUGCUACAGAGGGCUUCUAACCUGGGACACCUGCUCACCAGAGAACUAGAGCAGUAAACAAUCGUCAUCAAGUCUGAUAGAAUGGAACUAGUAUUUCCGAAUAGUUUUUAACUAAUAAAAAAAGAAAAAACACAACAACAAGAAAAAGGUUUUAUCUUUUCUUUUAGUGUCCUAAAUACAGGUGCUGUAGGAGUUAGGA